AUGGUGGACUAUGCCCCUAGUGUGCAGAAUGCGAUGCAUUCUGACAAGGGGGUGAGUGCGGCGGCUCCGCAUAGGCGCUCGACGUCAUCGCAGAGGCAUGCUUCGAUGAGACGAACAGGAACGUCACCAGCGACGCCUAACACGACAGUGACGCCGACCACGAGCAAUAGUGUGCCGAAUGCAACUGAAGCAGCAGAACUCAAUGCUGCAGGGAUCAUGUUGGGACCUGGUGUUCGCAUGGAAGAAGAACGAGAGCGACACGUGCGCAAGGACCAAGUGUGUGUGAAAUGUAGUGAGGUCAUCACAGGGCAGUUUGUUCGUGCACUGUCGGGCGUGUAUCACUUGGACUGUUUUACUUGUGCGGACUGUGGUCGCAAUGUAGCGUCAAAGUUCUUUUCAGCAACGGAGGAGAUGGUGAAGGCCGCGGGCGGUGAGCAAUUUCCACUGUGUGAGACGGAUUACUUUCGGCGCCUCGACUUGUUGUGUGCAAAAUGUGGGCGUGCACUGCGUGGCAGCUAUAUCACGGCGCUUGGUUCCAAGUAUCAUGUCGAUCAUUUUACGUGUUCAUUGUGCUCAACGCCGUUUGGUCCCGAGGACAGCUACUACGAGCACGAGGGGCAGGUGUAUUGCCAUUUCCACUACAGCACACUCUUUGCAAUUCAAUGCACGGGCUGCCAAACAGCGAUUCUUAAACAGUUUGUCGAGAUCAAUCGGAACAAUGCUGACGAGCAUUGGCAUCCGGAAUGCUAUAUGAUCCACCGGUAUUGGAAAAUCAAAUUGGCGCCUGCAGGCCCAGCGCCAUCAGACACGUUGCCGGAUGAGGUCCCACUCUCUAUGCCAGGCGGCUUGACGCUUACGCCCAGCAGCUCGGAGGAACAGCUUGUCCAGACGCGGCGUACACAUGAAGAAACUCCCACAUCUGUUUUGCAGAAGCAGCGAGCGAUGGAGAUACGUGUAUUUACGAUUUGGCGUGUGCUCUCGUCGUUUGAAGAGUCUUCCGCCGGCUGCAUCUCUGACAUGCUGAGACACGUCAGCAAUGGUAAGUAUGUGGGCGGUGUCCGAUUUGCUGCGCGCUUCGUUUUGCAUGUAGAAGUGCUGUUCUCUGCCAUUGAUGAGCUUGCGGUCUACUUCCAGAAGGCGCAUGCAAGCACGAUUCAAUAUGUGCGUGAAGCACGCAUGCUAUGCAAAAAAAUUGUUAACUUUUUCUCGCUCCUCUCUCACACGCAGGAAAUGGGCGUACAGCGCAUGCACAUAACGCAGGAGCUGCUCUCGCUUGUGACGGGUCUCGCGCACUACCUCAAGAUCCUAAUCCGAAUUUCACUCACAGGCGCACUGCGCCUUGAUCAAGAGCAUGGCGUGCCGACGGCAUUGGAGUCAUUCUUGGCCCGCCUGGAUGAGCUUGUGACACUCCAGGGUGGUGACACAGAUACGGUACAUGGCUACACAAGUUUGCCCCAGGUAUGUAUUCCGACGUACGACACGGAGAGUGCGUCGGAUCUGUGCGUAACAUGCGGCAAGACUGUCGAAGAUGAGUGCUUGCGAGUGGGUAUUACGAUGCGUUGGCACUGGAGCUGUAUCCGCUGCACAAACUGCCAACGAGUUGUGGUCAAGCCCGAUGGCACAAUCCCCGUGCGGCAGGACAACGAAGACAUAGAACCGACCCCGGCGCCGGGAGCGAUCACACACUUUGUCGUGCACAGCAUGGGGCGACACGAUCGCCCAUCUACGUUUUGUACAACAUGCAUGCCCAGCGAUGCGAAUGGCCACUUUUUGCCUGUAACUCGCCUCGAACAGUAUGCGUUCCUGUUGUGCGUGGCACUGAAUCGACUGGAUGCGUUGCUAAAGCGACGCGCGCGCUUGCAGGUGCCCUCGUCGGCCAAUACAUCAUCUUCGGACGAGCCAGAUGUGGGCGAACUGACCGAUGCCGAAUCAAGCACGUACCGCAAGUCACCAGAAACCAAGCGGCUCGAAAACCAGUACUUGAACCGUCACAUGUCGAACAAGGCACGUGUUCCACGGAUUUCGACAGUCGUCAACGAGCCCACCGUAACCGACGACUCUGGGACAUCCGCAGCCGCCGCUGAGGUUGCUGGGACUGCCACUACUGUUUUGGCGUCUGCAGACCCCUCGCCCUUGACGCGUGAGCGGGCCAUUGUACCUACACACGAGGAGGUGGUAGUUAGGGAACGAGAUCGCAUUCGCGAGCGCUCUCGUGAACGUGAACGAACACCCAUUCCGUCGCGAACUGACAUCGACUUGACACAUGAUGAGGGAAUAACGCUGGCGGACAUUCCCAUGAUCUUGCAGGCUGAACAGGACCGUGAACAGCGCGAGCAGUUGGGUGUGCACGUGCGCCGGCCCAUUAGCUCGCUUUCGGCGGAGGAAAUGCAAGUAUCAAAAUGCGUUGCAAUUCUUCGCCUCCAAAAGUCAGCACUGGCGGAACUUGUUGAUACCGACGAGCUCCUAGACCUUGUGGAGACUCGCAAAAAUACAUUCUGGGGCAAAAUUCUAUUCCGUGGAAGCAGCCGGCGUAGCGACGUGCGGAAGAAAGGCGUGUUUGGUGUGUCGCUCGAUUAUCUAGUCGACCGGCAUGGCGCAGAUUCUGUGCUGGGCGCUACGCCGACGCCGAUGCGCGUGCCGGCAUUUGUCGACGAUGUUGUGUCGGCUAUGCGGCAGAUGGACGUAUCUGUUGAGGGUAUCUUCCGAAAGAACGGGAGCGUCCGGCGACUCAAGGAACUGUCAGAUGCACUGGACCGCGAAGUCGAGGCAAUUAACAUGCUGGAUGACCAUCCAGUUCAGUUAGCCGCGUUAUUGAAAAAGUUCCUUCGAGAGCUCCCUGAGCCUUUGCUGACGUCGCGCUUAUAUCGCCUGUUUUUGCAGACACAAACCAUCGAUUCUGCAAAAGAGAGGCACCGCCUCGUUGGGCUGAUCGCCAUGCUAUUGCCUCGAGCACACCGCGACACGCUCGAAGUCUUGUUUGUGUUCCUCCGCUGGGUUGCCACGUUUGCGUACGUGGACGAUGAGGCUGGAAGCCGCAUGGAUUUGCAUAAUCUUGCAACAGUGAUGGCGCCUAGUCUACUCUACUCACGCAAUUCAGAGCCGUCGCAUGGCGAGGCAAUUCUGGCGCAGGCCGUUGUGUGCCACAUGCUAGAAUACCAGGACGAUCUCUGGUUCGUCCAGCACGACAUGGAUGCAGCUCUUCGUGAUCGCUCCCUUAUUGCCGCUGUUCCUGAACUGACGCCACAUGAACUGCUGAAGCGUUGUGCUUUGUACGCAUAG